AUGGCUUUAGCUUUUUAAUGUUUCCUGCAAGUUUUGGUCUCUUGGGUUACAUAUGCAGCUCAGCCUUUCUGUCUGCCAGGGUGCACCUGCUCAGAGGAGAGUUUUGGCAGGACUCUGCAGUGCAUGUCUGUGUCUUUGGGAAAGAUUCCAGGGAACCUUCCUGAAGAGUUCAAGCAAGUAAGAAUUGAAAACUCACCUUUUUUUGAACUUCCCCAGGGUUCUUUCAUCAACAUGAGCACCUUGGAAUACCUUUGGCUCAACUUUAACAAUGUCACUGUGAUCCACCUAGGAGCCCUGGAGCAAGUGCCAGAGCUGAGAGAGCUGAGACUAGAGGGGAACAAACUCCAUUCAGUACCGUGGACAGCGUUCCAGGCCACCCCUCUCCUAAGGGUCUUGGAUCUCAAACACAACCAGAUUGAUGCACUCCCUGAGUUGGCUCUUCAGUUCCUAGCCAACCUGACUUACCUUGACCUAUCUUCCAAUAGGCUGACAGUUGUAUCCAAGAGUGUCUUCUUGAACUGGCCGGUUUAUCAGAAACUCCAGCAGCAUAGCUGUGGAGCUGAGAUUCUCAUCAGCAUGGUGUUGGCACUGCACGACAGUCCCUGGGUAUGUGACUGCCGUCUAAGGGGGUUUGUUAAGUUUAUCAAGACCAUUAACUCCCCAUUCAUCCUGGUGAAUUCCUACCUGAUAUUCCAGAGCCAUGUCUCUAAGGCAGGACAGCUUUUCCACGAGACUGAGCUCAGUGCUUGCAUGAAGCCAAAUAUCUCAACCCCCAGUGCCAAUGUCACCAUCCAGGCAGGACAGAAUGUGACCUUGAAAUGCUUGGCACAAGCCAGUCCCUAACAAACCAUUGCAUGGAUGUAUCCCCUGAUCAUGUGGAGAAAAUUUGAUGUGUUGGUCUCAUCUACCACAGAAGAUACUGUUUUGUCCCAGCUUGUAAUUCCAGCUGCUCACCUGAUAGACAGUGGCAAUUACACCUGCAUGGCUUCCAACUCCAUUGGCAGGAGCACCCUCAUCAUCCCCGUCCACAUCCAGCCUGCACAGGCCCUGCCUGGAUCCCAUUCUCUUCCCAACUCCUCAGAGGGCAAUGUAAUUGACCUGAGAGUGGUCAAGCAAACAGUGUAUAGCAUCUUGCUAGAGUGGCUUGUGGUGGCCAACCUCCCUGAAGAACAGUGGUUCACCCUCUACAUUGCAUCUGAUGAAGCCCUCAGAAAGGAGGUGGUCCACAAGAAAGAGCACAUAAUUCUUACUUUCAUAGAGCUAAAGCCAAUGGAGCUUUAA